AUGAGAAGUGCAACAGAGAACCUUAUCAAACUCAUAAUUCUGUUAUCAGCAACUUUGGCUGCAGCAGCACCGGAGGCGGCGAAGGGGUUAACAGGCUGCGACGAACGGUGUGGGGACUUGAAAAUUCCAUAUCCAUUCGGGAUAAAGAAAGGGUGUUACCUCGACGAAGAUUUCUCCAUUACGUGCAACAAAAGUCAUGAUCCACCAAAGGCAUUUCUAAAAGACAGCAACACAGAUAUCACUAAUAUAUCUAUAAUCCAAGGCCAGCUCCACAUCUUGCAAUUCGUAGCUAAAGAUUGCUACACAAAAGAUGGCCCUAGUGAAGCCUACACACCCACACUCGAACUCUACGAUCUCACCAUUUCCAACACCGACAACAAGUUUAUUGUCAUUGGUUGCGAUACUUACGCUUUUAUUUCUGGUGAAAUUGAGGGGCAAAGCUACAAAAGUGGGUGCAUGGCGUUGUGUGGAAACAGUACUAAAACUAUAAAAGAUGGGUCCUGCUCUGGGAAUGGGUGCUGUCAGUUGGAGAUUCCUAAAGGCUUGAAAUAUUUGGAGUUGGAUGUACGAAGCUUCAAUAAUCAUAGUGAGGUACUCGAGUUUAAUUCAUGUGGGUAUGCUUUUGUAGUUCAACAAGAUAAAUUCACUUUCUCAGAGAAAUAUAUUCAUAAUUUUACACAAGAGGAAGUCCCAUUGGUGCUCGAUUGGGCCAUUCCGGCUAAUACUUCCUGCUUAAAGGCUGGGAAUAAAACCAAUUGCAGUAUAUGUGGAACAAACACCAAAACGAUUAGCUUUCUCGAUGAUGGAUCUAACUAUCGUUGCCAGUGUUUAGAAGGCUUUGAAGGAAAUCCAUAUCUCCCUCAAGGUUGCCAAGAUAUAGAUGAAUGCAAGAAUGGAAGCCAUAAAUGUACAUACAAAGACUUGUGUGUUAACACACAAGGAAACUAUACUUGCUAUUGCCCCAAGAACCAUGAAGGAGAUGGCAGAUAUGGAGGAGAAGGUUGCACUCCAAACUCCAGGUCUUCUAUUCAUAUAAUCAUCGGAAUUUGUGUGGGGUUUGCAGUUCUAGUGAUUGGCAGUGUAUGGUUAUACUUGGGUUACAAAAAGUGGAAAUUUAUCCAACAAAAAGAGAAGUUUUUUAAGAAAAAUGGAGGUUUGAUGCUUCAAAAACAUCUUUCUGAAUGGCAAUCACCUGACAUGCUCAAAAUUUUUACACAAGAAAAGUUAGAGAAAGCUACAAACAAGUACGAUGACAGUGCAAUGAUUGGUAAAGGUGGUUUCGGUACCGUUUACAAAGGAGUCUUAGAUGACGGUUCGACAGUUGCAAUCAAGAAAUCAAAAUUAGUGAACCAAUCCCAAACUAACCAAUUCAUUAACGAAGUCAUUGUUCUAUCCCAAAUCAACCAUCGCAAUGUGGUCAAACUCAUAGGAUGUUGUUUGGAGACAAAGGUUCCAUUGUUGGUGUACGAGUUCGUAAACAACCGCACACUCUUUGAACACAUCCAUCGCAGAACCAACCAAGCUUAUCUUCCAUGGGAAGCUCGCUUGAAAAUAGCUUCCGAAAUUGCUAGCGUACUUUCAUAUUUGCAUUCUUCCACUUCAACUCCAAUUAUCCACAGAGAUAUUAAGUCAAAUAAUAUACUUUUAGACCAAAACUACACAGCAAAAGUCUCUGAUUUCGGAAUGUCAAAGCUUGUUCCAUUGGAUGGAACUCAAAUAUCCACAAUGGUGCAAGGGACUAUUGGAUAUUUGGAUCCAGAAUAUUAUUUAACGAGUGAGUUGACGGAGAAAAGCGAUGUGUACAGCUUUGGAAUUGUACUUAUGGAGCUCAUAACGGGCAAGAAGGCAGUGUGUUUUGAUGGACCAGAAGAAGAGAGGAGUCUAGCGAUGUAUGUGUUGUAUGCAAUGGAAGAAGAUCGUGUGGAAGAAGUUGUGGAGAAGGGAAUGCCGACGGAGAAAAACUUUGAGCAAAUAAAAAAGGUGGCAGAGUUAGGAAGAGAGUGUGUGAGAGUAAAAAAGGAGGAGCGACCCAGCAUGAAGGAGGUAGCUAUGAAGUUGGAGGUACUGAGACAGAUGCAGCAGGUUGAAUUUUAUUCAUGGGGUAGAGACAAUUUGUUGGAUGGAGUUUCAAACUCAAGCCAACUUGUUACCAUUAAUACGAACGAGAGCAUGGAUGUUGGGGACUUAACACUUGUCAAGGAUAGAAGAUGA